AUGCAAUCUACGCAGAACAGUAUUAAUAUACCUGCGGCUAGGCGUGGGUUGAAAGUUUUAGACGAACACGUGUUGAACAAAUUAAUAGAUUCCGUGCCGUUGGACGCCAAUAAAGAUUUCAUCAAACGACAAUUACCGCCUCUGUCUAAAGUACGCGUGCCGAUAAAACUGUCGGACGAGAAAAACUCUCCUAAAUUUAUACGGAGUAUUGUCAAAGAUCUGGCUCUGUUGGACGAGCCGGAUUUCGUGAGGCGGUACGAUCUGUGUUUGGGUUUUUUCUGA